AUGGCACACGACCAGCCAGCCCCUAGCAGAUCUGGCAUCACGACCACGAGGAGCUCUUGGUUCGCGCUACCGGCUGUGCCUGCUCAACCGGCUGUGCCUGCUCAGGAACGUCCGCACCGGCAGUCGGCCAAGUGGAACAUUCAACGCCAGCAGACUCCUGGCCCAAAGUCCCGCAGCCCGACCGCUUGUGAAAAGAAGCACGCCGUUCUAAAUGCGGGGAACUGGCCAUCACUCAAGCCUCAUCGUCUCUCGCUACUCACAUGCCGAUCUGAAUACGCGAUUCUGCUACACUCCACCCCACGCUCAAACCACUGCUGCCCCGACGAGUUGACCCUUUCUGGACUCGUCGCCUUCUGGUUUUUCCGUUGA